GGAAGCCAAGUGCCGGAAGUGGGUUAUAAUAGAGUUUAGAAAGAUUUUAAUCAGAUCGACUGUGUUGUUGUGAUGUGGGUCGGUGGGUCCUGGUCCCGGUGUCGGUUCGUCGCUGUUAGCGUCUGUUAGCAUAUGUUCGGUUCCGGUUCCGGUGGAAACAUGUCGGGAGGAGACCUGCGGGGCCAGUUAAUCAUCGACCUGGAUCCUUCCGUCCUCGUUAAGUUCUGCCUGGUCAUGGACGGGCUGACGGACCUGGACUGGACCCGCUUUGCCUCAGAAGUCCUCAGAGACCAGACCAACCUUCGCUUUGCCGAGAAGCAGCCCAAACGGACCGACUGGGUUCUGAAAAGAUGGGCGGACCGCAACGGUCGCGUCGGGGAGCUGAUCGACCUGCUGGAAUCCCUGCAGCUCUUCAGACCACGAGACAUCAUCCUGAGCCACAUACCAGGUGUGACUUGCUCCCCCUCUGCUCCUCCCCCUCCUCCAUCUGUCCCUUUUUCCCAAACACCUCCGGCUCCGCCCACAGGUAAUAUCCAAUCAGUUGGUUGUUCAGGGAGUAAAUCAGGAGGAAAGCUGUUACCUGGACCUGCCCCGCCCCCCGUCGGUCUGUACUCCCAGGAAGUGCAGCCUGGUGUUGAUGCUGAUGAUGGAAAAGGAGCCGUUGCCGCGGCGACCUGCAGCAGCAUCUUCACAGUCAUGCGCUGGUCAUAUGAAGAGGUGCAUGCUGGGACACGAGGCUUCUCCCCGAGCCUGCAGGUGGGGGAGGGGGGCUUCGGCGUGGUGUACCGGGCGACUCUAAACAACACGGACUGCGCCAUCAAGAGGCUCCGACAGGAUGGUCUGAUAAACUGGCCUCAGCUGAAGAGAAGCUUCCAGACUGAAGUGGAGAAACUGUCAAAGUUCCGACACCGUAACAUCGUGGACCUGCUGGGUUUCUGUGAAGGAGGAGGAACCUUGUGUCUGAUCUACAGCUACAUGAACCACGGAUCUCUGGAGGACCAAAUACACAACGUGUGUGAGCUCCUCUCGUGGCCUCACAGAGUCAGUAUUGUUGAAGGGGCAGCAGCAGCUCUGCAGUUCCUUCAUCGCCCCCCUGCAGGUCAGGAACAGCUGAUCCAUGGAGACGUCAAGAGUUCCAACAUCCUGCUGGACCAGCACCUUGUAGCGAAGCUUUCGGACUUCGGUCUGGCUCGGUAUGCCCCGCCUGGUGGGUCCAGUCACUCGCUGACCCAGACGGGUUCUGUUGGUAAGACGGCGACGGUGAGGGGGACGUUGGCAUACCUGCCGGACGAGUACGUGAUGAGAGGAGAGCUGUGCACGGCCGUGGACGUGUACAGCUUCGGAGUGGUUCUGCUGGAAGUGCUGACCGGGCGGCGGGCUCUGGAGAAAGAUGGGACGUCCAGAGAGAGAUACCUGAAGGAUCUGGUGGACGAGAUCCAGUCCAGUAAAAACGGCUCAAUGUCAACAGCGUGGAGGAAUCAGCUGGACAGACGUCUGAUCUCAGGAGGGUCUGCUGAGCCAGUGGGCUGCCAGGAGGUGGUGGAUCUGGCCUGUAGGACUCUGACACAGCAGAGGAAGAAAAGGCCCAGCAUGACGGAGGUGUUUGAGAAACUGAAGAGCAUCCACAGCACUGUGAAGAAGGCUUCCUCCUCCUCUUCCUCCCUCCAUUACAGUCCUCACCUCCCGCCCCCCCCUCAGUCCUUCCCCACACCCUCCAGCUCCCUGGAUGAGGAUGUCUCCCAGCAGAUGGCCAAACUGGGGCCACUGAUGCACUUGUAUCCUGCUCCCUCCUCCUCAUCUUCCUCCUCCUCCUCCUCCUCUUCCUACGCCCUCACCCCUCCUCACCCGCUCCACUCCUCCAUCUUACCUCCUCUCUCCUCCUUCAUCGGCCCGUGUGAGACGGAUGAGAGUCGGGGUUUUUCCCAAUACCAUCCUCCCUCCCAGGUCGGGUCCAACGCUACCAGCUGCAGGUCUCUGACCCCGCCCACCAGAGACCCGAACCGCAGUCCCGUACCAGUCCAGCCAUCUGUCCCGACCGAGGACCAAUAUCCCCUUCAGCCCAGCUGCUCUGGGUUCGGGUCUGUCAGAGAACCGAACCCGGGAACAUGGGCCUGUGGGUUCUCUCUAGUGGGGUCCCUAAGGUCCAUGUCACCUGUGCCCUCAGUUUCAGUCCAGAUAAAUCCCAGCAAACAGCAUCUGCUGGAGAAGAAGAGUCUGAACGAGGAGGGUCAGACCAGCACUCCGCCGCUGCUGUCGUCUGAUGACCUCUGUAGAUGGUGGGAGGAGUUCUGAUGACGUCAGGGAACCGGAGGAGAGCGAUGAGCUGGAUUAUCUUCCUGACAGAACCUGCUGAGGACCAAAAAUGCUGCAGAACUUCCUGAUGUGCCUUUUAAACACAAACUAAUUCUUCAGCCUUGUUUCCACCAGCGGGUUGGGUCGGGUCAGUUAGGGUGCGGAUAAAGUUUUUAAACUGUAACUUCACUGCGUUUCCACAGCAACCGAAACCACAGAGGAGGAUGGAGGUUGUCCACCAGUCUGAGUUCGUCUGUUGUUCUGAACGAGGAGCUGUUCCUGCUUUGUUUUUAUAGCAGGUCACACAGGAAGUGUGUUUUUUAUGCACCAAUCAGCAGAUUGCAGCGUGUCAGGCUCCACCCUCUUCAGGUCGGAUCGGUUAGACUGGUACCCCAACGGAAGGGUCCCAGCAAAGCAGGCUGGAUCAGAUAUCAGGGUACCCGUCCCAGUUUUCGCUUGUGGAAACAAAAAAUUGCGCUGUGACCCGCCCCCACUAGUGGAAACGGGGCUUUAGACUCUGAAAACCAGCAGAACCUCCUCUGGGUUGACCAGAACCAGCUGGAUUGGGUCGGACUCAUGAGGUGGUUUUAUUGAUGCUGAUCAACAGCUGAUGGGCCUCCAACAGUUUCCGCUCAGACAGAAGCAGGAACCUUCUGCAGGUCCCUGGUUCUGGUUCAGACGGGCUGUUGGACCUUCAUCGCGUUGCCAGCUCGGCUUCAUGAAGUCAGAGUGAAUCAUGUUUUUCUCACGUAUUUAUUUAAAUAAAGUUCAGGUUUCUGAAACUAAAAGAACUGGAAGAUAUUUUUUUCACUGAAUCACAGAUGUGAAGAUGAUGAUGAUGAAAAUGAUAAAUAUGAUUAUUAAGAUGAUCAUUAUAAAAAUAUUUUAUUAAAAUUAUAUAUGACGAAGAUGAAGAUGUAUAAUGAAGACAAUUAUAAUUAUGAAAAAUAAAGAUGCUAAUAUGAGAUGAUGAUGAUGAUGAUGCUGUAUAUGAGUGAUAAAUACAAUGAGAUAUGAGGAUAAUGAUAUAUUAUGAAUAUGAAAUGAAUGAAAACAUUUAAUAAACUGAACUUUAAUGCUUUAAUCAAAAUAAGACGUACAUGACUGGCCGGGGGCGUUGCUGUGGAAACGGUGAAUGAUACGACCUCACGCAACGUUAGCCUAGCGGUUAAUAGCCAGACGGCUUCCACAAACUGCAGUCCAGAAAUCUUUGAAUAAACCGGUAGAGGAAAAACAUGAAAAUGUAAAAUGACUAAAUAUUGUGUACUAAAAAUAAAUUAAACAUAAAUGGU